GAAAUGACUGCUGUUACUGCAGGCAACGUUAACUUCAAAUGGGACCCAAAAAGCUUAGAGAUAAGAACACUGGCAGUUGAAAGACUACUUGAGCCUCUUGUUACACAGGUAACAACACUGGUUAACACUAGCAACAAAGGCCCCUCUAAUAAAAAGCGAGGACGUUCUAAAAAGGCCCAUGUUUUGGCUGCUUCAGUUGAACAAGCAACAGAGAAUUUCCUGGAGAAAGGAGACAAAAUUGCAAAAGAGAGCCAGUUCCUUAAAGAAGAGCUGGUAGCAGCUGUGGAAGAUGUUCGUAAGCAAG